GCUAUACUUUGGGAGUGGGCACCCACUCGCUCUUCUUGCGCUACUCGAUCGGCCGGCGUGCAGAGAGCACCUCGAUAUUGUGGAAAGAGACGCGUACAGAGCGCGAGAAGAUCUGUGUCGGGGAGAUGCCGCCGGACAGUAAGGGCAAUCCCGGAAAGCCAUACAACAACCAGAUCCUGGAGAUCUUCUAUGAUUACAAUCCGGCGACAGGGCUCACUUUGGAUCCCAGCACCGGCUGCCGCACGCUGGGUAGUACAGAGGACAACCGCUACGGCGUAGAAGGUAUGCCCAAACAGCUUUGUCAGUCUGAUUUUGCCCUCUGUGUGCCCGUGUGGCAGAAGCAGAUGAACAAGCCGCAGAGGAACAAGACAGCAGCCAAGGGAAGCCGGAUAUCCGGCCCCGCAAAGUGCGAGACCUUCUCCAUGUGUGACCAUUUCCCACAGAUCGACUCGGUGGAGCAAGAGUGGACUAAUGAGUGGCUGAAUGUGAACAUGGACUGCAUGCGCACGGCCUCUGCGAAUU